UAUGUGGGAAUAGUGACAGCUAGGUUUGACAGCAAAAAUAUUUGAACUUUCAAGCUGAAGCUUGACAGCAUACAGCCACAGAGUAGUUUCUUUCAGCUUUUACAGUUUUAGCCUUUGUGUAGGGAUCGUCUGUACUGUGAGUGUAGUGUGGGGACGAAGCGUCUUGUUUGUUCCAGCGAGCCUGAACGUAAGCGUUAAAACCAGCUCACUGCUCUGAUUAUUUAUACUCAACAACAAGUUGACUUGGUCGUUCGCACAGGAAUAUGUCUCUAACUGAAGAGCAGCGCUCCUCACUGAUCGACGUUUGCUGUGCUGCUAAGGAGAAGGCAUAUGCACCAUAUAGCAAGUUCCGUGUCGGCUGUGGGCUGCUUGCAAGUGACGGCCAGGUUUUCAGUGGAUGUAACGUAGAGAACGCAUCCUAUGGCGGCACGGUGUGUGCGGAACGCGUUGCUAUCCUCAAGGCAGUCAGUGAGGGCGUCACAAAGUUCACAGCUAUAGCUAUCACUUGCGACAUCACUGACUCAUUUGUGUACCCGUGUGGCUUAUGUCGGCAAGUGAUCGUUGAAUUUGCGCCAGACAUUCCAGUCUUUCUGGUGAAGCCCGACAAGACGUACAAGAUGGAAACCAUGCUGGAGCUGCUCCCGGGAGCUUUCACGCCUGUAGUUCUUAAUUCCUAUACUGAUAGCCAGUCUAAGAGCGACUGAGAACGUCCAAUGGCAGAGGGUCUAAUGGGGAGCCAGGAAUACUUCGGGUCCUGCUGGUAUUUCCUGACAACGAACGCGAACGUCUUGAUCAACGUUGCCCCUGUCAUCGUUCCUGUGCUCGAUUCUGGGCACGCGUAUUCUCUAGUAUAAGGGUACCACUGUCUGCUCGUCGAUAUAGACCAAGCAUUCAUCAUGUUCUUCCCUUGACUAAACAUCCCUCGUUUACGUACUCGUACCCACCACAUUCUGUCUGGAGGCUGAAUCGAGCCGAGUGCCGGGCCAAGCCCAUCAUAUCAUAGCUUUCACAUUGACUGAUUAUUUUUCUAUGAUUUGCUUUUUACAGGAUUUUGUAGGCUGGUAUUGCAUAAUUUUUACAGUUUGUGGGCUCUCCCGCCCAGUCUGGCAUGUACUAGUACUAGUACAGCCAGGACAUGCAUUAUCAUGUGCACUGCAGUACUUGUUGCACGUUGGUCCACACCAGUCAUCAGUUGACUCAGUUACUAUGGUUACCAUUCAGUUUUUUUUACAAGCUGACGUUGUCCACACAUAUUUUUUAAUAGUUUUCGUAAUUCCUCGGAGGGCCACUAUCUCCCUUCCAUUCUACCAACAAUACACAUGUUCUUGCUUGA